AUGACGGCGGCGUAUGCGUUCACGGACUACCGUUCUCAAGGACAGACGAUCACGUACGUUAUCGUGGACAUAACCACGCCACCUGGAGGGAGGAUGUCACUGUUCAACGUUCAACCUUUACGUCGCUCUCUCACGCAGUUCAGGCCGUGA